UCAAGAACCACCAUUAACACUUCUUUCUUUCUUCAAACUUCUCUCUUUUUUUUAUUUAAUUUAAUUACCUGCAGAUAAGGGAAACCAAACCAGAGACCACACUCUUCCCUUCACUUACUUCCUCUCUCUCUCUCUAUAUCUAUCUGUAUCUAUCUAUAUCUAUCUAUCUACAGUGUUUAGUACUUUGAUGACUGAUAUAUCUCUCAGCUUCCAUAAAUAACUGCUACCCCUUUUCACUAACUUUUGGUUCAAACCACCAUCCCCAAAAAACUCUGAUCCUUUCUCUUUUUUCUUUUUUUUUAUUUAUUUUUUUAUCUGACUAGUUGUGACAAGUAGUCCCUGGAAAUUAAUUACUCUCUCUCUCUUUCUCUCUUUAUCUCUCUUUCAGCUUUAAAAAUUUUCCCUAUGGUGGUCUUCCUUCAACCCUAGUGGGAUCCUAUACUAAAAGCCUAUCACCACACCAUCAUCACAAAUCAUAAGUCACUCAUGAUAUAAUCACACCCUUAAACCCUUUCAAUUCAUUCUAUCUUCAACCUCUUCAAUUCCAUCAUCUCUUACUAUAUUAAUUUGCUUUUCCACUUCACACCUUCAAUUAAACUCUUCAUCAUUCCAUUCCCUUAUAUAUAAACACAGAUCUUCUCCAUUCUUUACUUUUUAUCUCUCUUUCUACCAAUCUCCAUGUUCACUAAUUCACACACGCUAAUGCAAACCCUGUUGCCACCUUUGCCGGAGCCAGACCUCUCCCUCAACAUAAGCCCUCCCUCUAUUUCCGAGGUCAAGGAAGUGGCGCCUUUCGGCAAACUCAUUUACAGCGACAUGUGUUCGACUUCUGAUUCGGGAAGCAGUGGAGGAAGCGAUUUGAGCCAUGAGUUCCACAACCUUGCUCACCCUCGUGAACCCACCUUGAAGUUAGGCUUCGGAACAACGGAUUUCAAUCCUCGCCGUCAUCAGGCUCAAGGUGACACCAGAAGCUUCAACCACCACCACCACCACCACCUUCAGCCUCACAUCUAUGGCCGCGAUUUCAAACGAACUGCAAGAGUCGUCAAUGGCGUCAAAAGAAGCGUCCGGGCUCCUCGAAUGAGAUGGACCACCACCCUCCAUGCCCAUUUUGUUCACGCGGUUCAACUCCUUGGCGGCCAUGAGAGAGCAACUCCGAAGUCUGUGUUAGAGUUAAUGAACGUUAAGGAUCUAACCCUAGCACACGUCAAGAGUCACUUGCAGAUGUAUAGAACAGUGAAGAGCACUGACAAAGGCACCACAGGUCAUGGGCAGACAGAUAUUUCAGUAUUGAAUCCAAGGCCAGGGAUUAACAUGGUUCAUCUGCAUGCACCUUCGCCCAAUUUACCAGACCCCAUUAUUCAAAGGACAACGUGGCAACAAUCAUCAAUAGAGACAAAAACAAAGAACAGUAGACAAGAAGCAGAGAUGGGUUUGACGUAUUGCGAGGUGAAGAAGGGAAGUAGUGAAAGCAUGGUGAUGAAUGGCUUGGAUUGUACCAGUUUGUCACGUUCCGAGGGAAUGCUUGACCUAGAAUUCAGCCUUGGAAGACCCAUUUGGCAAAAAGACCACGCAGAAUCGUCGAGAGAGUUAACUCUUUUAAACUGCUAAAACAACGUUAAAAGAAGUAAAGAAAGUUAAGGUUAUAAAAAAUUAGGUUAAAUUUAAAUAACCAACCUUUGACAUGUGUGGAGGAGAUUGAUCAUGAUGAUGAUGAUGAUGAUGAUGUAUGUGAAUGAAUGAUUUUGAUUGUGUGUGUUUGGGAGAGAGAUGAGGAAUGGGAUAAAGGGAUUUUGCUAGAGAACAUAUGCUUGAGUCCAAAGAAAAUUUUCAGGCAUUGUCUUUGAUGUCAUUUUCUGUGGAAGCUAUAGAAUAGAACAUGAUGAAAAAUAAAAAUGGAAUGGUUUGGACCAUGCAUGGGUUAUAGUUAGGCAACAUAGGACCCAUUUGGGAAUGCUGAUAUGAGACAGGUGGGUCAACUUUUCUGCCACACCAUCAUCACAUGUGUACCACAUACACAUACAUGUUAUCUAUCACCUACAUUAAUUCACUUUUACAAAUUAAUAUUGCAAACUUUUUUCU